AUGACUGAUAAGCAGGAUCAGGAUGCAAGAGCUGUUAACUGGAAAGGUCCGGAGUCUAACUUAGUAGAUGGAGUAAAAAGUGGGGUAGACAAUAGAUUUGAUAACAAUCGGAAUAACGAUUUAGGAAAUUCAGAAGCAAAAUCUGGGAAUUUAGUAAAAAUUGGUGAAAAAGAAGCAAAACCUGAAUCGAAAACAUCUCGUAGAAUCAGAUCUGACGGGAAUUCAAAAGUUAAAUCAGAUGGAAGUUUAAAUAAAUACAAAAAUAAGAUUCUUUAUACUUGUGAUGAAAGUAAUGAUAACCGUAGUCGAGAGCAAUGUAAACGUAAAAUUGGUCGAUUUAUGGGACGUUUUUUACGUGGAAGAAAUGAUCAUCGUAGUGUUACUACUACUUCUAAAGGUACUAAAAAUAUAAAAGUAGAAAAAACAAAAAAGUAUACAAAUGCACCACACAAAAUAUGCGAUGGAAAAGUCGACAAAACGAUAGAUGUCGAUGAAUCAAGAAGUAAUUCACGUGGAUUAUAUAGUUCAUCAUCAAAAACCGCAAUUGCUAAUGAUAUACAGAAUUUUGAAUGCAGGGAAAGGAUGAUGCGAAGGAAGCCUUCAGAUAAGACAGUACAAAGACUGGAAUACUUCUCAUCAGAAGCUAAGUCUACAAUGCGAAAAUGGCUUGCCACUUUAUCAGAGAGAGGUGUGAAUCAGCUUCGGAAGGAUUUUAUGGAGUUGAAAUCUUUCGCGCCACCAAAUCAGGAAAUUUCUCAGUUUACUCUCCAUACAAAACUAAAUCGUUAUAGAGACGUCAAAUGCUACGAUAGUUCACGUGUUAUACUGACGUGGCCAAAGGAAAAUACAAAUGAUUUUAUUCAUGCAAACUGGGUAAAACAUGAUAUGCUAAGCAAUGUAUUCAUCUGUACACAAGCACCAAUGGAUAAUACAACCAAUGAUUUUUGGCGUAUGAUUUGGCAAGAAAAUGUACGUUAUAUUAUUAUGUUAUGCAAAUGUAUUGAAAAAAAAAGAGAAAAGUGUUUUGCAUAUUGGCCACAACUUGCUGGUCAGUCAUAUCAAUUACAAAAAAUGGAUGUAACAACAAUGAGUGUCAAUGAAUCGGAUUCAAAUGUGGUAGUUUCCAGAAUAAUUCUUCAAAGUGGUGCAGAAAAACGCUGCAUAGUUCACCGUCAAUGGAGGACAUGGCCAGAUCGUGGGGUACCAUUAACAUCUAUGAUACCUUUCCGAUUAUUACAGUAUGCUCGACAAGACAAACAUCAUCCUACCGUUGUUCACUGCUCAGCUGGAAUUGGUCGUACUGGAACAUUAGUGAUGAUCGAGAUCUUACUUGGGGCGCUGAGGCGUGGACUUGAACCUGAUUCCAAGCAAUUUUUGAAAGAUUUACGGACGCAACGUGCGCAAAGUGUUCAAGUUGAAAGUCAAUAUAUUUAUGCGCAUUAUGCUGUUGUACGAAUACUUUCAAUUAAGAAAAUUUUACGUUUACAGGAUGCUGCUAGCAAUUAUCUGGAUAAGCUACGUGACACCGCUCGUACUGCUAAAUCUGAAGCCAGGCAUCGACGUUCAUCUAAUGUCAUAACUUGUUCUGAAACUAAUGAAAGCGAAGUAGCUGGCAAUCGGGAUAAAGCAGUACAUGAGAGUGAAGAAAAAAUUCUCACGUGCGAGUUUACCGAGAAUAGUCGUAAAAAAGAGGGAGAUUCAAAGACAAAGAAAAGUACAGAACAAGAAGUUGCACAGAAUGGUACUGGAAAGCAGAAGGAUCAUUUUCAUGAAGAAGAAAGAUAUCGAUGGAAUCCAAGUGAUCCAUUAGCGCACGAAAAGUCAUUAUUUACAUCAACAAACGGUGAAAUGAUAGUCGAAAUGCACAAUAACGAAGAAAAAACCUUUCAUACGCAGGAAACAGGCAAGAAAAUCUCAACUUCUCGAGCUGAAUGUUCUGCUUCUCAAGAAUCGUUAACUCAUGUGGCUAAUGAUGAGAAUGAAAUAGAAAGUGAAGUAGAUCUCGAACGUCAAGAGUAUUUGGAAUAUCUAAAUCAGCUAAAGCAAGAUGAACAACAUGAACAAGAACAAGAUCAUUUGCUUCACCAGCAAUCUACAUCAGAGCAACGCUUUGUUAAGAGUUGCUAUUAUGGACAACCAUAA